AUGGCCUGUCUUGACUUUGGUUCCAUUGAAGAAUCCUUUAAAUUGGUCUCUUUGAAAGCUUACCUUGCCGAGUUCAUCUCAACUUUGCUCUUUGUUUUCGCUGGUGUUGGCUCCGCCAUUGCCUAUGGAAAGCUAACGGAAGACGCCGCUCUUGAUGCGUCGGGACUAGUGGCGAUUGCGAUUUGCCAUGGUUUUGCUCUCUUUGUGGCGGUUUCGAUCGGAGCUACUCACUCCGGUGGUCAUGUGAACCCAGCGGUCACUUUUGGCCUUGUUCUUGGCGGAAAAUUCAAAGUCAUCACCGGAGUUUUCUAUUGGAUUGCUCAGCUUCUUGGCUCCACCGUGGCUUGCUUCCUUCUCAAAUUUGUCACCGGUGGUUUGGAAACAAUUCAGCGCGAUCUUAAACUCAAACAUAAUUGUAUAACCAAUCCACUGUCGUGGCAUCAGAGACUUUAUCUAGCAACCUAG